AUGGCUGUAUCUGUCUUCCCUCCACCAGGGGACUCUGCAGACCUCACCCUCCUCAACACAGCCCGCCUCUUCACUCGCCUCGAACAUAACCUACUAUCUCCAGGCUCCGAACUCCGCACCCUGCGCGGCUCAGAGUUCCAGCGUAUGCGAGUAAAUAAGAAUGUCGAAUACGCACGAUCCCUCCUCUCGCAAUUAGAACGGUCCCUCUCCAAUCUGAAAAUAAACCAGCGAGGCGAAGCCCAAGCCGAAAUCGCACGCGACAAACAACUCCUCAAACGAAUGCAAGCUAUCCUAGAGGAAGAAACACAAGAAUCCGACUCGGAAAACGACGAAUGGGAAGACAUCCUCUCAAAGCCCCUAGAAGAGAAUGUUAUCCCAGAAAUACGACAAGAAAGCACCCCUCCGCACUCAACUACAUCCGUACCUGCAUCAACAUCAACAUCUGCGCCUGCACCCGUACCCACAUUCACAGCACCCCCUACAUCAACCCUCCGAAACAGGCACAACCAGAGCCAAGAAAGAAGAGAAACCUUAAAUGAAAAGAGCGCCGAACAAGCUCUUAGCUCUUCACGCCUUGAACAGGAAGAUCUUACCUCCUCCCUUCUCUCGUUAGCGGGCCAACUUAAGGCCUCUUCACAGUCUUUUCAGUCUACGUUGGAGAAUGAGCAGUCUGUGCUUGAUCGGGCGGUGACGGGGAUGGAUAAGACGACUACUACUAUGGAAGCGGCGGGGAAGAGAAUGGGGAUGCUGAGGAAGAUGUCUGAGGGGAAGGGAUGGUGGGGGCGGAUGAUGCUUUAUGCUUGGAUUUUUGGGUUGUGGAUUGUUGCUAUCUUAAUUGUUUAUGUCGGGCCGAAGUUGAGGUUUUGA